GCGCUGACCGUGGUGCUGAACGCGCCUCGCGCAUCUCAGAGUUGAGUACAGGAUACUGAGUACCAGAGCUUCACUUAUCUCACUAUCCUCCAUCUCAGUCGCUUCUGCCCAACUUCCGCUCUAAUCACAUCACCCCCUGAAACGCGAGAGCCGCUAUGCCGAAUUAACGAGAGCUGUUUGGGCUCGACGGGAGGAUGGCUUGUGUGCGCGCGCUGCUCCUCGCCUUGCUGUCUGUCCACGCGCUCGCAGCUGCAUCCGCGGACAGGAGACUCGGUUGUCUAUUUGAAAAUGAGGUAUGUGAGUCGUAUGAAGUCUGCAUCAACGAUGGGGUGUUUGGUCGAUGUCAGAGAUAUUCAGGUUCACUUAUCCACACUUACGAUGUGUCUGCAGCAGCUGUGCAGCAUUUGAGGAACAUUCUUCAGAAGCUGGCCCACCGAGGAUAUACUUGGCAGGAUGACACAACUCAGGAGGUAAUCUCAAAAGAGCUCUCACAACUACCCAAGGUUCCUCUUGAAGGAUUUACAAACACCUUUUCUCGUUUCAAUGGCAAUUCCAGGAAGCUGAAGACUCAGAAAGAAGAAGUGAGCAGGACACUGCAGAGGUACCUUCAAGGUUUCCUUCCUGCUGAUGUUGCCUCCUUCAAACAGAGUCCUCAAGGGCAGCAAGUGCUUUGGAAGUACAAGGGAGAUGGCCCCCGUAAUCACAAGGGUGUAAUCCAGCUCAAAGAGAAGCCUCUUUCACCCCACAUCUCCUUCCUACAAGGCCAGCCUGACCUCCAGGCCGUUGUGGAACAGCCCCCCCCAGGUCGAUCAUACUUCACUGGUUAUGAGCAGGAUCGUACUGGAGUACCUCUCGUUGAGCUUCAGCAGUAUCAAGCUGGGCCCAUGAGAGCACAAGAUCCUGGUAAAGGUCAAACACAGGGAAAACUGCGUUACUUCAGCCUUCAGCGCACUCCAGCUACCAAAAUAGAAAAACUGCCAGGAGCUUCCAAGCAACCUCCAAAGCCCCAAAUCGAAAAAUUGUUUUUCAAAUCUUCAGCAAGCAGCCCUGCUUACAAGGAAGCCCUCAGUUCAGUAGAUGAGAAGUUCAUUGAUGGUGUGGUUAACCAGCUCGGAUGUCAGAGCGUCAGUGUGGAUACUUUGACCCCAAAGGACCUGGACAAGCUCUCCAAAGUCAUCACCCAGGCCCUGCAGGUGGUGGAUGGAGUGGAAGGGGUCAAAGGUAGAGAAGCCACACAGGAUGAAGUGGAAGCAAAGAGGGAACCAAGUCAAGAGUUACAUCAGAUGGAGAAAGCAGAUGGUGACAGCACACAUAAAGAAGCAGAAGAUACUACCCUUAAAUCUGAUGAUAAGGACAAAGGUUUCAUCAGCCAGCUGCUAGAGUUCCUGGAUCAUAACUCUGGCCCUGGAUCUGUGUGUCCUCCCCAAGCAGAAGAGCCUUUUCUGGGGUACGUUGACCAGCCAAAUGCUGGAAGCCCAUUGAGGGCUAGUUUGGAGAAUGUCCAGAGCCGGACAACGCAAACAGAACUGGACCUGAUGAGGAAGAAAAUGGAACCUGACACUUUAGAUAUAGAGCCAAUGGAGGACGCUGAGGUAGCACAGUGGAUGCACGGUUCUCCGGAAGUGGAACCAGAGGUUCAAUCAGGAAAAGAGCCACAAAAACAUUUCAUGGAGAAGGAGGAGGUGGAAAAGAAGGGUGUGAGAGUGGAAGUGAAUGUUGCAGCAUAUUCAAGUCCACAUGAUGGAGAUUUUGGCUACAUUAUUACUGAAGAUUCGCUGUCCACUGAUCAGGGGCUGAACCUCAUGGAUCUCUUAGCUGAGAGAGUCAGCCUUCAUGUAACAGAUUUUCUACAGCUCUCGGUUCUGGGUCCAGCAGUAACCUUUCGAGUGCGCCCCAAUGCUCGAAACAUCAGCACGGCCCAGCUAGCCAGAGUGGCAGUUGAGCAGAAAGGACAGCUGGAGAAGGAGAGUGGUCUGCAGAUUCUUGAGGCUGGACUGAGUGAUGUAAGUCAGAUUGAGCAGAAAGGACAGCUGGAGAAGGAGAGUGGUCUGCAGAUUCUUGAGGCUGGACUGAGUGAUAAUCUGUCCCUUAACCCUUAA